GUUAUUCGAGCUAUGAACUCGCUCGAGUACCUCAUCGCCAAUCCACACAUUCUGUCAGACACCACACUGACAGACGCGUUGGCCGCAUUGGCAAGCUCGACAAAUGUGGAGAAUCAGGAUGAGGAGUUCGAUAUGGAGGUUAACAGUGAUGAUGAGAUGAAAAUCGAUUUGUCGGCGCUUAUAAAUCCAAGUGUUUUUAACGCACUUCAACUGCCAAUCGGAACCGGCAGGUUUCCGAACCCAUCGCCUCCAAGAUCUAGCAGCGGAACGAACACACCGAUCAGAAAAACGCCAGGAAGUCGGCCAGAUCGCGGAAAGUUCACCAUUCUAGAUAAUGCAGAGGUAGCUGGUCCGGAGGAAGUGUUGAAUGUUAAUUUUGAUAGUGAAAUCUUGCAAAGAAUAUUUUCCGAUCCAAAACUUGGAAUUCAAUUUCUCGCUCGUUAUGGUUUAAUACCAAACACAAGGGUCUGUAGAGUACAAGAUUGUCCAAAAGAUCAGCUGAUGAGUUUGAUCAAACAUGCCAAUGGUUUUGUGUGGCGGUGCCGAUCGUGCAGAAAACGUCGAGAAAAACGGAUCAUCACAAAGAUCUCAGUGUACGAGGGCACAUUCCUCUUCUAUUCCCGAAUGCCGCUCAACAAAUUCUUCAUAUUUAUGCUAAACUGGUGUGAGAAUCCCGGACUUUCAAUUACCGAAUAUAAUCGGCUAAUGGGAGAGAAUCGUCUCGUCGAGGAGACCAUCUAUAACACAAUUGGAUUUAUGAGAGAUAUUAUUCAAAACUGGUGUGACACGAUUAUCAGCUCACAUGUUCCGAUUGGUGGGCCACAUCGAGUCGUAGAAGUUGUCGAGACGUUAUCCACCGAGCAGCUGAGCAAUAAGACUCGAAACCGGAGAACUCGUCAUUAUACGACUAGAACCGUUUUUAUUUCACUAGCUGAUGACAAAAUCAAGUCCGUCGAUUUUCCAUUGCACAACGUAAACGAUCUGGAACGAGCUCUUCUAGAGUGUGUUCAGCCUGGAAGCAUAAUCGUCAUGCGAGACUCAUUCAUGGAGCGAUUCGGCCAACAGGAGGAAAUCUCGAAUGCCCUUUUCAAUCAUUACAAGGUCAAGUCGAUUUGCGACGUGUGGCCUGAUUUCAACGAGCGUGAACGGAAUAAGCAGUACAUCAAGACUGAAAUGAAUCAGGUGCCGAAUGUGAAUCAGGAGCCGUAUGCCUACGAAUACUUUUUCCGUCGAUGUUUCGCCGACAAAUGCUUCAAUCACUUGUUGCGAGUAAUCCGUUUGCUUUAUCAGAAAUGAUUAUUAUGUAUUUUAUCUCGUUUUUUUCUAAAUUUUUCGAAACAAAAUUGCCUUUCUCUCGUUUAGUCUUGAAUCUAGUCGUGGAUCCCGUUUACCUCAGAAUCUUUUUUUCCAUAGCUACCACUUUUUUGCCGCUUGCCUCUUCAUCUUAUUCUUGUUUUUGUCGUCUCUCAUGUCAACAAAAUCUCAAAAGGUGCCCCCCGUCCCAAAAGAAACUGUGAUUUUCUCAUGCAAUAUAGCCGUGUUUCGCCUUUCCCACCCAAAAUGUGAAUAUAAAUCCCGAGAGCUCGAUCUUCUUCUUUCCUUCCAGAACCCCCGUAUAUCCCGUAUAUUUCUGUGUUAAAUUGUGAUUCGAAACUGUUCUUCCUUCUCCUCCAUAAAAUCUUUAAACGCGUUAAGUGAUAAUAAAAAUCCGUCUAGCU